GUAGCUCUUGACGGCAUUCCACUGCGAGAGUAUAAUGUGAGGUGGUGGCGUGGAGUGGUCGGCGUUGUUCAGCAGGAACCAGUGAUCUUUCGUGCCACAGUCGCAGAAAAUGUUCGAAUGGGAGACGACAGCCUGACUGAUGCAGAUGUUGAGGAAGCGUGUAAAGUCGCGAAUGCUUUAGGAUUUAUCAACCAUCUCAGUGAGGGCUUCAAUACCGUAAUCGGUGAGGGUGCUGUGCAGCUAUCAGGCGGUCAGAAACAACGAAUCGCUAUCGCCAGAGCUCUCGUCAGAAACCCUCAGAUUUUGCUUCUGGACGAAGGCAACCAGUGCCCUGGACACAGAAAGCGAACAUGCAGUGCAGAAAGCGCUUGA